UUGCGCACUGUGUCUUUAAGGGAGAAGCGGAGGUUUCCGUUCGGGACAAAAUGUCUGCGAGGAGCCUGGAGGGGAUGGGCGAUAUUGGACUCGAGGCCCGCAGGGGACUCCCGCCGGUGUCGCGGGCCACGCGACACUACAGAAGGAAUGAGGAGGGAGGAGCUGGCCGUGACCAUGGGAGAAAGCAGCAGGCGGGAGGAUGCGGAAGCACCCGGUGUCCCGUGUCCGGGACUGCUGGGGGCGCCAUACUCCGAGGCCUGGGGGUACUUCCAUCUGGCCCCGGCACGCGCAGGGCACCCGUCAGGCCACUGGGCCACCUGCCGGCUCUGCGGAGAACAGGUGGGACGUGGCCCUGGAUUCCAGGCCGGAACCUCUGCGCUGUGGAGGCACCUGAAGAACGCGCACCGGUGGGAGCUGGAGAAAAGUGGCGCCCGGCGCUCGCCGCCUGCUCCGCCCUGCCCGCUGUCCAACCCCGCCGCGGCCGCAGAGGGCGACUGGGCACACCUGUUGGAGCAGAUGCGUGCCCUGGCAGUGCGCUGCAGCAGGCGUGAGCGGGAACUAGAGCGGCGCGAGGCCGCGGUGGAGCUGGGCGAGCGCGCCCUGGAGCGCAGGCGCAGAGAGCUGCAAGAGGAGGAGCGCGCCGCGAUUCGAGCGCGCCGCGAGCUCCAGGCUGAGAGAGAAGCUCUGCAGGCGCGGCUGCGGGAGCUGCGGGAGCUGCGGGAGGCGAGGCAUCGCGAGGGCUCCCUGCACUGGGCCUCCACAUCGCCCCCGCCUUUCAAAGAGGAAGCCGAGGAGGGAAGGGAUGGCUGUGUCGUCACGAAGGUCCUGCUGUAGAGAACCUUGGUCACUACCACCAGCGCGUAGCGGUGCUCCAACAAGUGGGUUGCGGACCAGUGCCCUCACCAUCCCCUGGGCACAGAAUGAAGUGUCGCUGCCACCAAAUGUGGGGCCUUCCACGCGCUUCUGAUGCCAGAGUAGAACCAAAAUCAGUUCUCCGGCUGCCUGGGAAAGAGCCCCUUUGUUUUCCUGAGCCGUCAGCCUUUGUUGAGCACAGGAAUGGAGCUGCAUAGCAGAGGAAAACGGCCCUAGUAACUCCAAUGCCUCGCCACUUAGGGCUGGUUACUAAAAGGACAGAAGCUUCUUUACAUACUAAGGACUUAUCAUACUAUUCGUCUAUCUACCAUGCUAGCCAGGAGGAGGCCCGGGAAUGAUAAAGGUUUUUACUUACAAAAGAGUUUUACUCAUCUAAUGAAUAAUGUUUGCCCAACACCAAGUUCUGAGAGAAAAAAAAAAAGAGACCUUUAGAUUCCAUGAAUACUCUCUACACAUUUGUUGUCUCUCAAACUUCUUAUCAGGACAGUCUUGAAGAGCCCAGUUUGAUUCCCCCAUCUCCACUUAUUCAACUAGUGUCAGGUGCACCCUGUUUCCCUCGCCAUAUUCAAACCCAAUGGUAGGUGCAGUACUUUACCCCCUUUUCUGUACUAGCAGUACAUCUUGUCACUGGGUAGAGCAUUUCCUUCCCCACAUCUUCAUGGUCCUUACUUUUGGACCCAAACAGAAAGCACCCUUUCACCCAAGGCUACAUCUCCCUGCCAUGUUUUCAUACCCUUCCUUUUCUGCAGGUGUUUGCUCCCUUAGCAUUCCUCCUCAUGAUUCUUCCUUCCCUUUCCUAUCUGCCCCAGCUAUGUUCAGUUUUUCUGUACUAAAAAGACUCAGCCCAGAAGGGUCAAGUAGUCCUUGUCGCCUAUUCUUUCUCCCCAUUUAUUAUUUCUCCACUGCAGGUCAGCUUUCCAUGCAACAUUCCACUCUUUCCAAGUCACUACAAUCUCCCAAAGACCAAAUAUCAUUUUCAGCCUUAUUGUGAUUAAUCUCUCCCUUUUUGAAAUCCCUCCUUUGAUAGGUGGAACCUGCUUUUCCUCCAAAGAAUUCCUUUUCUUUGUGUGAGCUGGUUCUAAAAUAGUUUUUCUUCAGGCCUCCUUUGUACUCAUUUUUUAUAUUAAAAAGCUCCAUCAGGGCAAGAUUAGUAAAAUGAAUACCCCAAAUACAUACCACCCUCUACCUACAUUGAACAAUUGUUAAUAUUUUGCCUUAUUGACAUUUUAUUCUCUCUUCCCUAUGCAUAUGUAAUGAUGUUCCAUCCAAAAGGAUUUCAGUAAGUGUCUCCCAAGAACAAAACCAUGAUUACAGUUAACUUUCGUACAGGCUCUUAAUACAAGUCCUGUAACAAGAUGCCCCAAUUGUACAAAGUAUGACUUUUUGUCUUCUUUUUAAAAACAAGUCCAUGUAUUCCUAUUGGUUAUAACUCCUAUAUCUCACAGCUUAGAACAGCCCCCUGAUGAUUUUUUUCCCCCAUGACAGACUUUUUGAAGCUUCCACCUAUAUUCUGGAUUUGUCUGAUUAUUUUCCAGGACAAUUUCUAUACUCCUAGCUCAUCUCAUAGAGGUACAAUGAACUGUGCCAACAACUCCUAUCUCCAAGCUCAAAUGUUCUCUCUGGGUCAAAUCCUUCAUGCCCAGUCCCAUUAUAUAUCCCUUGCCCCUAUUUGCUUAAUCUUGCCAUCACAAAUGGAAGAAGGAAACCUAUUCAACUGCAUUCUUUCACCAGAUAAUGAAUAUUUUAUAGGCACUUAAAGUAUAUCAGGCAAAUAAUACACGCUCUACAUGUAUUAUCUCACUUUAUUCUUACGGCAGCUCCAUGGGGGAGAUAUUGACACUAUGUUUUACAAAUAAGGAAAGGGAGAUAAAGGGGUUAAGUAGCUAGCAUGUGUAAGAUCACAGCUGGUAAGUAGGGAUGGUAUUCCAAUGCAAUAAGUCUCUUUCAAGAUGCAAUGCUCCUAGCUACUGUACUGCUUCUAGAGAGCUCCACGUCCCUCUUAGUCACCCAAAUGGACACCUAUUUCUUUCCUAACUAACUCCAUUUUUAGUUACUGAAAUUAACUGGAAUUAGUGACAUUAACAUUUACUGAGCAUUCACAGCUGGGCUAAAUGCCUUACAAGAAUAAUUCCGCAACACAGCAACCCCAUGCAUACACCCAUUUUGUAGAUGAGAUAGACUCAGAGGACUUAAUGUCUUCACAAUCAUAUAACCACUGAAAAGCAGAAUAGGAUUUGGACUUGUCUCACUGAAUCCUACGCACCUACUCCAAGUCUUUUUCUGCAAAAUACUGCACCUGUCUGCCUUCUGUUUUCAUAGCCGAGUUCAUUUAUCAUUCAUCUGGGAUUCAUCUUACCAUCCAUGUCUUCCCACACCAGCCACUACUUAACACAGUGACCAAAAAAUUGUCCAAAGUAAACGUUGAUUACAUCACUUUUCCUGCUAAAAACUUGAGAUCACACAUCACUUGCUUACUAUAGCAAACUUUGUGGCCUUACAUUCUCUUCUCCCACCCCAACCCUGUGCUAGUCUUAUCUGUUCCCUCCCCUACAUAUACUGUAUGCUCCAACCAAACUGGACUCUCUUCCUGACAUGCCCUGAUCUUGGCACCUCCGUGCCUCAAUCUGCCUUCCCUCCACUUAAACCCCUUCAAUUUGAGAAUGAAAAAUCCCCCCAAGGAUGGGGGUAUAGCUUAGUAGUACAGACCUUGCCAAGCAUGUAUAAGGCCCUGGUUUCAAUUCCCGGCACCACAAAAAAUGGAAAAGAUAAAAAUUGCCCCCAUUUUCCACAAAAUUUGCUUUGAUCUCGCCUUGUUUAGAGGCAUUUUCUUACUUCCUUGGACUCUGCUAGCAUUUGUCACAACUCUUCAUUCAGCACAAGGCUUUGUGGGUUCCUGUCUUCCCAACCCUGCCAGACCCUGAGGCCUUUCGGAUAGUUGUUCUCAUUCGUUUGCUCCUACAGUGCCUUGCAAAUAAUAGAUGCUCAAUAAAUAUUUGAGGUAUGGAAUUCACUCUGUUUUAAGACUUUUACAAGUUAUUUUCCUGUAGUCAGUAAUAUAAUUCUGCCUUUAAUUCUGAGUAUAAGUCCUACUAAAAGGAAGUAGCAAUCAUUUCUUGAAGCUCUUUCUCAAGAAUGAUUUAAAAAGUUCCAGUUAUUAGGCUGCUUGGUUUGAAUCCAAUAAACUAUUCUUACAUAUUUUUUUCGGGAAUACUUUUUAUAAAACUUUUUUCCUUAUAUAAUUAAUAUAAUGUCACAACCUAUGAAUAACAGCAGAAAAAAAAUCAAUCCUUCAAUGUCCUGUCAUUUCUUUUGUCUUUUCAAAGUUUUAUAUUACUCUAAUAACAGGACAAGUUAUUUCUCUUACAUAUUGGAAUUUAAAUUCUUCAUGUGGAUUUAUAAGUUGAGUUAUAAAAGCAAAAAAGACUUAUGUAAAUGUUAUUCUUCAAUUUCACCAAUUUUUCAGAACCAUUAAAAUAAAGCACAGAUUCACUUUUAGAAUCCUACACAUUCCCUCAAGAAAAUGCGGAUGGGAGGCUGAAUGGCAUGUUCAGGGGACAGGAGAGAACAAGCAGCCUGAACACUGCCUGGUGCUGGCUGUGGGAAGUAGGGUCUGAUUUUACUCUGUCCUACAUACUUCUGCACUGCUGUAACUACUUCUUAUAUCAAGCAUAAAUUACUUUUAUAAUAAAACUACUUACAUUUUACAAAUAACAAAUCCUCUCCCUCAGUAUUCAGCUUCUGUAGUUAAACAAUAGUAUUGGAUAUAAUCCCCCAUUUCUAGAAAAGCCUAGAGAAAAUUGGGGUCCUUACACGUCAUCAUUUGACAGACCAGGAUCCCACAGAGUAAUCUGUUCACUCUUAGAAUAUAGUAGUGGUGGCAGGUCACCUGACUCUAGUUUCCUUAAUAGAUAUUGUGCCUUUAGCCUUGAGGACUCCUUGUUCAUCCGGCAAAGCAUUAACUCCAGAACCAAGCAGCUGAGCUGGCACCCUGCUAGCAGCUAAGAAAUGGGAUUUGAGAAUGCAGAGAUAGGUUCUAGGGAUUGGAUCAACCUCUCUAGUUGUGGCAGGCUGCUCACAAAGAGCUGUCACCGAUAAACGGUGAUGGUGAUACCCCUUAUGUGUAUCAACAGGGUUUCCCUGGUUUACACGACUGGGCUUGCCAAUAGCACCAUCCUGUAUUUUUUUGGUACUGGGAAUGGAAGCCAGGGGUGCUUAACCAAUGAGCCACAUCCCCAGUCUCUGUCUCUCUCUCUCUUUCUAU